CCUCACUUCCACUUCCACUUCCCGAGGCAUAGAUAUCCAUGUCUUCGUGGAUAGCGAUGCUCGCCGACGUCAGUCCACGGCUCGUUGUAAGACCAUCCACUGCAACUCGACCGUCCGAGACUACAUGAGGCAUCCCACUUCACUCUCCGCAUCAACAUUCAUACAACUGGUCUGCUGCUUCCGAUGUGGGGGAAUCGUCAGUGGGGAUGCGGGGAUCCCCACCAUACAACCAUCCGAUACUCUAUAUAAUGAGCCAGAACACCAGACAAUUCCUCGCUCAGAGACCUGCUGUCUAUCAUCAUGACGACUACCGAAGAGAAAAUCCGUGCUGCCUUCGCCGAUCUUGAGUGGCAUCCCCUCACUCCACCCGGGGAGCAUCCUGUCUUCACCUACCACGGCUUCCAUCCCGGAAAGAAGACCGUCCUCUCGCAAGGCCAUGUGCGAUUCCCUGGCCUCCGAGCCUUCAAUACGGAUGUGCUCCUUGAACAGGACGUGGCCAUCCCCCUCCGUGAUGGCAUCAAGAUCUACACCGACAUCUUCCGUCCUGUUGACUCUGACACGACCCCCGUCCCAGCUAUCAUCCCCUGGAGUCCCUACGGCAAGACCGGCACCGGCCCGCAGAGCUACGACAGUAUGGCGCCCUUCCGGGCCGGGCUCGAGAAGAGCCGGACUUCAGGCUAUGAGAAGUUCGAAGCCCCCGAUCCGGCCGAAUGGGUCCCUCGCGGCUACGCCAUCAUCAACGUCGAUGCCCGCGGUGCCGGCAACUCCGAAGGCAACAUCCAUUUCUGGGGCCAGCAAGAAGCUGAAGACAUCUAUGACACGAUCGACUGGCUAUCCAAGCAGCCCUGGUGCAACGGCUCCGUCGGAAUGGCGGGCAACUCGUGGCUCUCCAUCGCGCAGGUCAACUUUGCGUCCCGUCUCCACCAUCCUGCCCUCAAGGCCCUCGCUCCUUGGGAGGGACUUACCGAUUUGUAUCGUGACUUGGUUAUGCGGGGCGGCCGAAAGCACAAUGAGGCGUUUCACAAGCUGAUCCUGAAGGGGUUUGCGGGCCAUGGAGCCGCAGAGAACAUGCCGGCCAUGGCCAACAAACGACCCUUCUACGACGAUUACUGGGAGAGCAAGCGCAUCCACAUCGAACGCAUCGGUGACAUUCCCCUCUACCUCCUCGCAUCAUACUCUUCCAUGCUGCACACGCACGGCUCCUUUGAGACCUUCCGCACCGCCCAAAGCACCCGCAAAUGGCUCCGCGUGCACCCCUAUCAAGAAUGGUACGAUCUCUACCGUCCGGAGAUGGUCGACGACCUUGCUCGCUACUUCGACCGCUACCUCAAGAACAUCCCCAACGACUGGGAGAGUACGCCCCCGGUUCGACUCUCCCUCCUCGGCUUCGAAGGCAGCCCAGCGCAGACCAUCCUCGAACGCCCCGAGCAAACCUUCCCUUUGACUCGGCAGGUCCUAAAGAAAUUCUACCUCAACGCAGCCACCAAAUCACUCCAACCAGACCUCCCUCCAACAGCAUCCUCCACCACCCACAAAGCCCACGCCAGCUCAGACUUCACCCUCUACUUCCCCACCCCAACCACCCUAACCGGCUACCCCCACAUCCGGAUCUACAUCUCCACCCCCAACCACAACGACCUAGACAUCGCCGUCCAAAUCCGCAAGAUCUCCUCCUCCGGAGUCCCCCUCGAACACCUCAACUACCCCUGCCCCGUCCCCAUAUCAUCUGUCCCCAACGUCAACACCGUCAAAACCCUAGGCCCCCAAGGCUUCCUGCGCGCCUCACACGCCGUCACCCGCGAUGAGACCCUCUCCACAGAUACGGAGGUGGUCUAUCGCCAUGACCGGGCGGAGAUGAUCCCCGCGGGGAAGAUCAUCCCGUUGGAUAUUACUCUCUGGCCGAUGGGAAUGGUGUUUGCGGCCGGGGAGGGGAUUAUGGUACGCGUGUCGGGAAGGGAUAUGUGUUAUCCGGAGGUGGAGGGGAUGGAUAUGAGUGGGGAAGGGAGUGAAGGGGAGGGGGAGCAAGAACAUGAGGUUCAUACUGGUGGAGAGGUGGGGUCGUACUUGGUAUUGCCGUUCGUAUGAGUAGGUCAAGUUGUAUAUGUUGAUCAAGUAAGAAG